AUGGCAGAGAGCAAGAUAACCGUCUCGAUUCGGCCCGGCAACAUUGUGGGCCUGAAGCGCGCCCUACCCAACGGGACCGAUUGGUACGUUUUCAAGGGAAUCCCGUACGCCCAGCCUCCGGUCGGAUCGCUCCGUUUCAAGCCCCCGGUACCGCUGGACACACUCCCGACCAGCCCGCUGGAAUGCUUCGUCGACGGGCCGAGCUGCUACUCGGAAGAUGUGCGCUUCCAGCGGAUGUCCGAGGACUGUCUCUACCUCAACGUGUACAGCCCACAGCUGCAGCCGAAAACCCCCCUGCCGGUCAUGGUGUGGAUACACGGCGGUGGGUUCUACGUCGGAACCGGCGACUCCGCCCUCUACGAACCGCCGUACCUGGUGCAGCAGGGUGCCGUCGUCGUGUGCAUCAACUAUCGGCUCGGGCCGCUCGGGUUUCUCUCCCUCCCAUCGGCCGGUGUCGACGGCAACAUGGGCCUGAAGGACCAGCGGAUGAGUCUGCGCUGGGUGCGGGACAACAUUGCCCAGUUCGGGGGCGAUCCGCACAAUGUGACGCUGUUUGGCGAAAGUGCCGGCGGUGCCUCGGUCCAUCUGCACUAUCUGAGUGAGGCGUCGCGAGCGUAUUUCCACCGUGCGAUCGCCCAAAGUGGCACCGCGUUUAACGAGUGGCUGUGGCAGCGCGAACCGGCCGACCGGGCACGCAAACUGGCCCGCCUGCUCGGUGGCGAGGAGUCCGACACGGACGAAGCGGUGCUUGCCACGUUGAUGGGUGCGAGCGCGGAACGGAUGACGGCACUACAGAACCAGUGCAUGAGCGAGCGGGACCAAACGAUGUUGGUACGGUUCCCCUUCACGCCCGUGAUUGAGCGGGUGGGUGCGGUCGAUGCGAUCAUUACGGAACACCCGGCCCGGGCGGCGGAGAAGACGUUCGCGAAGCCGAUUCCGCUCAUGCUCGGCAGCACCAGCGAUGAGGGGUUAGUGCUGCGGGGUUUUGUGAAGGAAAAGCUGCCCCUGUACCAAACCGACCCGACGAGGCUGAUCCCAGCCACGCUGGCUGUGGGCAGCGAGGAGCAGGAGCGGAACGCGCGUGACGCGAUUGUGAAGUUUUUCUUCCAAGAACGCCCAAUUGCGGAGGAAACCAUGCGCAAGAUUACCACCAUAUUGGGUGACAAUUUGAACACGCUGCCGGGAUACAUUGCGGCGGAACUGCACGCUCGGUUCCAGAGUGCUCCGUUGUAUAUGUACGUCUUUUCGCACAUGGGCGAGCUGAACAAAUAUCGCGAGGAAUACAAGAUUCCGCCAGAGGAGGUCGGCGCGGUCCAUGCGGAUGAGCUGUACUAUCUGUUCAGCUCUUCCCUGUACAACACGGCCGCAGUGCAGGACCACACCGAGAGCGGCAGGUUCCGGGAGUACUGCUGCAACCUGUGGGUUAACUUUGCCCGCUUUGGAAAUCCACACGCAACGCUCGUCGACUGGGCGCCGGUCGAACGGCCGGCAAAGGGAGCCGAGGACAGUUUCUAUCCAGCGGCAAUGAAUCUGAAGAACAUUGGGGAUUGUACAAUGACCACCGACUUCUUCUACGAGCGGUUCCAGUUUUGGAAGGACCUUUACCGCAACUACAACGGUUCGCAUCUGCUGCCAAAGGUGGAGUAACGGCUUCGGAUCGUGGCGCCUUCUUCGACGAUGAUGAAUUCAUGUAAACUGUCCCGCUUUUUAUUAAACUGUGCAAUGAUGCAUUCCCUCAACCGA